CCGCCCGUUUUCCGGUUUGUAAAGCAUAAUUGAUGCUAAUCCACCAACAUGAGCCGAUUGUCUCCUCUUAGGGCUGUCCUGUCCAGGAAAUAUGCGUGCUCGCCUUUAUCCACGAGACAAGGCCCCGUCUGGGCUUCCACUGGUCGAAGGCUCCAAUCGACGUCUUCAGAGUCUAUGCUGGACUGGGUGCAGCCCGCAAUUUCUGACCCAAAAGCAACUUCGCAUUCCCAGACACCUACUAUCCCCUUGAGGUCUAGUUAUAGUACAAGCAAUCUGUGGAACACUAAGGAUCCGAUACGAAAAAUCACCCUGAAUACUGAGAAAAUCGGUCGUCGCGAUCGUACCUAUCCAACAUUCUGGCUCAGGGAUCAUUGUCAGUGUUCUGAGUGCGUCCACCCGGACACGAAGCAACGUAUUGUGGACACAUUCUCUAUACCUGAAGAUGUUGACUUCAUCGAUGUGAGUUAUGAAGAAGAAAGUACAAGAAUCAAGUGGUCGGAUGGCCACACAGGUGUCUAUCCGUAUGCGUUCCUGAAGGAACAUCAGUUCGGUUCCAGGAGGACUCCCCUGAACCCGUUGACAUUUAGACCAUUCGAGUCGGUAAAGUCCGACUCUAAGACUUUCCCCACGGUUUCCUAUGACUCUGUUAUGGAAAAUGAUCAAGGAGUCCUGGAAUGGAUUGAGCAGAUCCACAAAUGGGGUUUCUGCUUUGUGAAAGGCGUCCCAAUUGACCCAGAGAAGACAAAAACACUCAUUGAAAGAAUCGCUUUUAUCAGGCCUACACAUUACGGCGGAUUCUGGGACUUCACCUCGGAUCUUACAUUCAAGGACACCGCGUAUACAUCAGAGUUCCUGGGUGCUCACACAGAUAACACAUACUUUACUGAUCCCUCGAGGCUGCAGCUAUUCCACCUUCUGUCGCAUACGCAUGGUGAAGGUGGAGCAAGCUUGCUUGUAGAUGGAUUUAAAGCUGCUGAAGUGCUACUACGAGAAAAUCAUCAACAUGCUGAAAUCCUCGGUUGCCUCCAGACGCCUGCUCAUUCGAGUGGUAACGAAAGUGUGUGCAUCCAACCGGUAUACGGGACCCACGUCUUCCAUACUAUCCCGAGGUCGAGACAGCUCUAUAUGGUUCGUUGGAACAACUAUGACAGGGCGCCGAAGUCAGACUGGAAUUUGAAGCAACAGAAAGUUUGGUACGACGCAGCCCGUCACUGGAAUGAAAUCAUCAAGCGUCCAGAAAUGGAGAUUUGGACACAGCUGGAACCCGGGACUGCUCUCAUCUUUGACAAUUGGAGAAUGCUUCAUGGGCGGUCAGAAUUUACGGGAAAGCGGAGGAUGUGCGGUGGUUAUGUCAAUAAUGACGAUUUCGUGUCCCGACAUCGUUUGCUUAAAUUUGGCCGUGAGCGGGCUCUGAAUACACUUGGAGUUUAUCCUGACCCCCUCGAUUGGCCACAAGAGGAGUAAAAGUAUUUGGCAAUGGACAGUUGUACAGUACUAUAGAAAAGUGAGAAAAGUGACCAUCCGGAUAGAGCGGUUGCGAUCAACUUUCAAAAAAGAAGCAAUGGUAGACAUUCUACUCUUUGGCGUCACUAGGAGAACCGUCUCUCUUUAAGGAGGCCGACCACAUCAUGCUUAAGGGGACGAAAGGUAUAGAAAGGCUAUGCCUGUAGGAUAGAGAUCAAUAAUAGCGAAUGUUGGGGUUGAAGAGCUUCUUACGUGAG